CUUGCAUCGCCCCCUCCCUUUAUAUGCCCUCUCUAUCUUGUCACCACCGCCAAAUACAAACAAUACCGCAUCAUUCCCGUUGUUCUUGUUGUUGUUGUUUUCGAGUUGUGUGCGAAGAUGACUAUGGUCGUUGGAGACUCGAAGGAGAUGGGUUUGGGUGGUGGCUUUGUGGUGCCAAAUACCAACUCAUUUGGACAAACCUUCAGGGACUAUGAUGCUGCAUCCGAGAGGCAGAAGUCAGUGGAAGAGUUUUACCGAGCGAACCAUAUCCAUCAAACCUAUGAUUUUGUGAAGAAAAUGAGAGAGGAGUAUGGCAAGUUGGAUAGGGUGGAGAUGAGCAUCUGGGAGUGCAUCGAGCUGCUCAACGAGUUCGUCGACGAGAGCGAUCCCGAUCUCGACGAGCCACAGAUCGAACACCUGUUGCAGACCGCUGAAGCCAUCAGGAAGGACUACCCUGACGAGGAUUGGCUUCACUUGACCGGCCUGAUUCAUGAUCUCGGCAAGGUGCUUCUCCAUCCAAGCUUUGGUCAACUCCCGCAGUGGGCUGUCGUCGGUGACACAUUCCCUGUUGGCUGUGCUUUUGAUGAAUCCAAUGUUCAUUUCAAGCAUUUCAAGGAAAACCCAGACUACGACAAUCCUAAAUACAACACCAAGCUUGGAGUUUAUUCUGAAGGAUGUGGAUUGGAGAAUGUACUCAUGUCGUUUGGGCAUGAUGACUACAUGUAUCUGGUGGCUAAGGAGAACAACACUACUCUUCCUUCAGCUGCUUUGUUCGCCAUCCGAUAUCACUCUUUCUACCCUCUGCACAAGCAUGGAGCCUAUCAGUACCUACUGAAUAAGGAAGACAGAGAGAAUCUGAAGUGGCUACAUAUAUUCAACAAAUAUGACCUGUACAGCAAGAGCAAAGUCAGAAUCGAUGUGGAGGAAGUGAAGCCAUACUACCUUUCCCUCAUCGAAAAGUACUUCCCAGCUAAGCUGAAGUGGUGAGGUCCCCUUGAGCAUGAUCCACUCCGUGGUCAUCGAGUCUGAGGAGACGAGGAGUUCCAUUUUCCUUGGAUUCAUCGAUGGUCAUCUCACAUCGAGCCCCUCAUGCUUUCUCUAUCUAUCUCCAUCCUCCAUGUACUGCACUCAUGAGUAAAUAAAGCACGUUCCAAAGAGCUUAGUUUCUGCAGUAGCAGUCAUAAUUGUGAACUGUGGCUUAUAUUAUGUUGUUGAUGUGCAAUGAACAAUAAUAUUAUCGGAUUUCUAUUUGUGCUA